AUGCGGUGGUCAUCAUUAAGGCCGCUUGCGGCCAUCGCGUCUCUCGCCCUUCUCACCGCACCCGCCCAAGCCGCCGAGCAGAUCCUGCAGUCAAGCUCUCUCAAUUCUUGCCAAGAGAACUCGGGGUUCUCUGCGAGUUUAUUCAAGGUCGUACUCACACCAAACAACAACACAGCAAACGUUGACAUUGUGGCCGUCUCGUCGGUUGAGGGUCAUGUCAUAUUCGAUAUCUCGAUCUCAGCUUAUGGAUACGAAAUCAUCAGGACGCCAGUUAACCCCUGUGAUGCUGGCUUAGCCGGCCUGUGCCCCAUGACGGCCGGCAAGAUCCCGCUCAACUUCAACCUGCCCGUUACACCAGAGGCCAUUAGCCAGAUCCCUUCAAUCGCCUACAACUUCCCGGAUUUGGACGCCAAGGUGAGGGUUUUCAUCAAUAUGACAGACGGAUCCGAAAUUGGAACCAGCGUCGCCUGUGUCGAGGCCGAUUUUUCCAACGGCAAGACCGUGGAUCUUUUGGGCGUCAAGUGGGCCACGGCUAUCGUGGCCGGCUUGGCUUUGGUGUCGUCGGCCAUCGUGUCGGGCUUGGGCCACCAGAAUGCGGCAGCCCAUGUCGCCUCCAACGCCCUGUCGCUCUUCGGUUACUUCCAAGCCCAGGCCAUGUUGGGGCUCACCGGAGUCCCUCUACCGCCUGUCGUCAUGGCAUGGACCCAGGAUUUUCAGUGGAGCAUGGGCAUCAUCCGCGUUUCAUUUAUGCAGGAUAUCUUCACCUGGUAUCAACGCGCCACCGGCGGCACCCCGUCCACCAUCUUCGACUCCCUCACCACCGUCUCGGUUCAGGUAGAGAAGCGCGCCGUCGAGUUUGCCGAGGCUGGCAUGGGUUUGGCCAAGCGCUCUCUCGCCAUGCUGCCCACCAGCAUCGUCGAGCCUAUGUCGGCCGUGAUGAAGCGUGACCUGCUCAAGCGGUCCAACAUCCAAACCAGUUCUGGGAGCUACAUCGUGUACGGCAUUCAGCGUGUGGCGUUCAAGGCCGGCAUUGAGUCGACGAAUCUGUUCAUGACUGGCCUUGUUUUCUUCUGCCUCCUGGUCCUCUUUACCACCAUUGCCGUGGCUGGUUUCAAGGGCUUUUGCGAGAUGGCAGUCAAGAGGAAAUGGAUGCCUAACGACAGAUUCCUCGAAUUCCGCAACGGCUGGCUCACGGUCCUCAAGGGUAUCAUGUUCAGGCUGACGCUGAUCGGAUUCCCCCAAAUGACCAUUCUCUGUUUUUGGGAGUUCACGCAGAACGACUCCCCGGCCCUGACGGUCCUGGCUGUCUUCUUCCUCGUUGGUAUGAGUGUCACCCUGGGGUGGGCCGCGUUCAAGGUCAUCAUGAUUGCGCGUCGCUCCGUCACCAUGCACCACAACCCGGCCUAUAUUCUGUUCUCGGAUCCUCAGGCCCUGAAUAAGUGGGGCUUCCUCUACGUCCAGUUCCGGGCCUCUGCCUACUAUUAUAUCGUCCCGGUACUUGGGUACACCAUCGUCAAGGCCAUGUUCGUCUCCUUUGCGCAGGACAAGGGUACUGUCCAGGCCGUUGCUUUCAUCAUCUUGGAAGCUGCCAUGCUUAUCUCCGCCAGCGUCCUUCGCCCCUGGAUGGACAAGAAAACCAACUCGUUCAACAUCGCCAUCUGUGCCAUGAACUUUGUCAACUCCCUCUUCCUCAUGAUCUUCACCGAGAGUUUCAAUCAGCCGCCCCUCGUCACUGGAGUUGUUGGCGUUGUCUUAUGGAUCACCAACGCUGCCUUUUCCCUGAUCCUGCUUCUCAUGCUCAUUGUCGGCACAGUCUUUGUGUUCUUGCGUGAUAACCCGGAUGGCCGCUAUCAGUUCAUGGCAGAUGAUAGAACUUCCUUCAUGAAGUCACAGACGCAUCUUACAACCACGACCGAGCUGGAUGCGCUUGCCGCCACUGCCCGCGGCGACAAAUCUGGAUUCAAGGGUGGUCUAGACCUCGAUGACGAUGCCGAGUCGAUAACAUCUGACUCACUGCGUCGCCAGACGGAGCGGCUCGGUGUCCCCUCGGGUAGCAACACGUACUCGGGGGGCUAUGGGAGCCGGCCGCGCAGCCCCGCCGACCCCGCAAUGCCGCUGUUCCCUGCAGACGGUCCACACAGCCCUCCGAGGUACAACGACUCGAGUUCUGUCCGGUCACCUAGCCCAUUCGGCCACCCAGGGACCUCCGCCUCUUUCAGGGCAAAUAACAAUGCCAGCCCAUGGCAACGUGGCGCCGGCUACGAUUAG